AAUAUACCUAGUGAUGAAGCUAUACUAGCAAUACUUUUGGAUCCUCAGUAUAAAUUUCUUUCUUUUAUAUCAAAAUCUUUAAAAAAUAGGACUUAUAAAUUGCUUAAAGAAAAAUAUGAAGAGGCACAGGCUUUAUAUGAAAUAGAGAU